CACCAUGGGACCGGGUCGGCUGUCUCCAGUGUGAUUAUGUUUGCUACAGACCCAGUACAUUACACCCGUAAUGUACAAACUAUACAUCCCAGCGUGCCUCUGUGGACACCGUGACGUCAUCACUACGGGACCGGGUCGGCUGUCAUUCUCGGGAUAACUGAUGGCCUUGACUCUGAAGAUGCUCCGAUCAUGCCUGCCUGCCAGCGAAGCCCUAUACAGAGCAUGUACCCAUAAUAUGUCCUCUUCUAUGACGCGUUUCCAUAAAAAUGACUACAAUGAGAAGACAUUUCUGGGAUCAAAAUGGCACUACACCAACCAUGCACCCAGCCUACUUUCCAAAUGUGUGUGCCCCAUUGUGUGUCAAAGUGCCCAUCUAAGAACCUCACCUAAUAUGGGGACAAGGCCUAGGUUUUCUGCAGCUGGAGUGGUAGAAGCUAUGCCAAAGAAUGUUCAGCCUUAUCUAAGGCUCAUGAGGCUGGAUAAACCUAUAGGAACGUGGUUGUUAUAUCUGCCAUGCACUUGGAGUAUUGCCCUUGCAGCACAGCCAGGAGGCCUUCCAGACUUUUAUAUGCUCGCUCUAUUUGGCACUGGUGCGGUACUAAUGCGCGGUGCUGGAUGUACUAUUAAUGAUAUGUGGGAUCAAGACAUUGAUAAAAAGGUGACAAGAACAGCUAAUCGCCCACUUGCUGCGGGAGACAUCACCCAGUUUCAGUCUUUGGUUUUCCUGGGAGGACAGCUUAGUUUGGCACUGGGCGUGCUUCUGUGCCUUAAUAAUUACAGAUACAGCACCACUUUGUCCAUGGGCUGUGUCUGUAUUGCUUUAGGAGCUGCUUCUUUGUCGCUGGUACUCACCUAUCCAUUAAUGAAGAGGAUAACUUACUGGCCCCAACUCGUUUUAGGACUAACAUUUAACUGGGGAGCCUUAUUGGGCUGGUCUGCUAUUAAAGGAUCCUGUGAUUGGUCAGUUUGCCUUCCUUUGUAUGCCUCUGGAGUUAUGUGGACGCUAAUAUAUGAUACCAUCUAUGCUCAUCAGGACAAAGCCGAUGAUACGCUGGUAGGAGUGAAGUCAACAGCACUGCGCUUUAAUGAGAAGACAAAGCCUUGGCUUAGUGGCUUCAGUGUAGCCAUGCUUGCAGGACUGACGGCUACGGGACUAAGCUGUGACCAGACUGUGCCUUACUAUGCUGCUGUUGCACUCAUCGGAGGUCACCUUGUCUAUCAGAUCUAUACCUUGGAUAUCAACAAUGCAGAAGAUUGCUGGAAGAAGUUUACAGCAAAUCGCACAGUCGGAUUUUUACUUUUCCUAGGGAUUGUGCUGGGCAAUUUGUGGAAAUCUCAUCAAACAAACAAAGUCAAGGACUUUUCAUGCCACAACUCAUAAAAAAUCCUAAGGGUGUCAG